AUGAAGUGUAAAUCGUGGAGUCUAGUGGAAGUGGAUUCAGAGGCAGUGGUCGAGGUGAUAACAGGGUUGCACAAAACUACAAAUAAUCUCCCAGAAGAGAGCUUUCCCAUCUUGCCUGCCUUGAUGACCAUGACUAACAUCUUCCUUCUAUAUUUCAAAAACAUAUUUGGAGGAAGUGAAGGUGGAUUUGGGGGCGGCAGAAGCAGUUGUGGAUAUGGCGGAAGUGGAGGCCGAGGUGGAGGCGGAAGUGGAGGCCAAGGUGGAGCCGGAAGCGUAAACCGUGGUGUUCUGAUCGGCGCCGGUAAGUGGUCUGGAGGUGGAGGUGGAUUCGGAGGCGGCGGUUUCGGAGGCAGUAGUGGAAGUGGUGGAUUCAGAGGCGUUGGAGUUGGAGGUGGAAAUUUCGGUGGAUUUGGUGGAAGUAGGAGUGGAAGAGGUCGCAGCAUUUUCGGAAAGUGA